GCGGGCCGGGCGCGCACUCUCGGGAUGGAGGGCGAGCGCCUGGCGUCUCCGGCGCGCUCCUCCGGCCUCCCGGCUGGGGGCGCCGGUGGGGAGAGCCCGGGGGUCGACGCCCCCCUCCUGGGCAGCAGCGGCUCCUCCGCCUUGCUCCAGGCCGAGGUGCUGGAUCUGGACGAGGACGAGGACGACCUGGAGGUGUUCAGUAAGGAUGCCUCAUUGAUGGACAUGAAUUCAUUCAGCCCUAUGAUGCCAACGUCCCCUCUAUCAAUGAUAAACCAAGUUAAGUUUGAAGAUGAGCCAGAUUUGAAAGAUCUUUUCAUUACAGUUGAUGAACCUGAAAGCCAUGUUACUACAAUUGAAACUUUCAUUACUUAUAGGAUUAUUACUAAGACAUCUCGUGGGGAAUUUGACUCCAGCGAAUUUGAAGUUAGGAGACGUUAUCAAGAUUUCCUUUGGUUGAAAGGAAAACUUGAAGAAGCACACCCCACUCUGAUUAUUCCACCAUUGCCUGAGAAGUUUAUCAUGAAAGGUAUGGUAGAACGCUUUAAUGAUGACUUCAUUGAGACACGAAGGAAAGCACUACAUAAGUUCCUGAACCGAAUUGCUGAUCACCCAACUCUAACAUUUAAUGAAGACUUCAAAGUGUUUCUUACUGCACAAGCUUGGGAGCUCUCUUCUCACAAGAAGCAAGGGCCUGGAUUACUCAGCAGGAUGGGACAGACAGUCAGGGCUGUCGCACUGUCAAUGAGAGGAGUAAAAAGCCGCCCAGAGGAGUUCAUGGAAAUGAAUAACUUUAUUGAAGUGUUUAGCCAGAAAAUAAAUUUGAUAGACAAAAUAUCUCAGAGAAUUUACAAGGAAGAGAGGGAAUAUUCUGAUGAAAUGAAAGAAUAUGGCCCAAUUCACAUUCUGUGGUCAGCGUCAGAAGAAGAUUUGGUUGAUACUCUAAAAGGGAUUGCCAGCUGCAUUGACAAAUGCUGUAAGGCCACUGAAAAACGGAUGUCUGGACUCUCAGAGGCCCUACUUCCUGUAGUACAUGAGUAUGUACUUUAUAGUGAAAUGUUAAUGGGUGUUAUGAAAAGGAGAGACCAAAUACAAGCAGAACUGGAUUCCAAAGUGGAAGCUUUGACCAAUAAAAAGGCAGAUACGGAUCUGCUUACAGAAGAGAUUGGAAAACUUGAAGAUAAAGUGGAAUGCGCUAAUAAUGCCCUGAAAGCAGAUUGGGAAAGAUGGAGACAUAAUAUGCAAAAUGAUAUCAAGUCAGCAUUUACGGAUAUGGCUGAGGAGAACAUCCACUAUUAUGAACAGUGCCUUGCUACAUGGGAAUCCUUCCUUGCAUCACAGACUGACCUCCACAUGGAAGAACCUUCUGAAGAUAAACCUGAAUCCCAUUGAGGACUUCUGUGUGAUCUUUGGGAGACAGCAUCUAUUAACCAAAGUUGUUCUUUCUGGAUGGACUGUGUCCUUCAUAAAGUGGAUGAAAACGUUUAGCACUAUCUGGAAAACCAACAGCUUGAAACUCAGGUAUUCCAGAUCAUUGACAUGAAUUUGGAUAUAUAUAUGUAUACACACACACACAUAGAAUAUAUAUAUACACAUACAUAAGAAUAUAUAUGUAUGUG